AUGUUGCAUCAAGCGUCCUAUUCUGUUCCAUUUAAUUCUGUCAUUGUCAUCCAGAUCGAGUUGGAGGCGAUAUAUCAGUUGAAUCCAAAUCUUCGUCGACCUGGAACUUCUCCUGAAAAAGUUGCUGGCACAGGAGAUACCAGUAGACCUCAAUCUCAGAAAGACUCUCACCACCAGCCUCCGUCCUCUACCAGUCAACAUCGGUCAGUCGCUCCUUGGCCCCAGAUUGAUCCUCGUGCUUCUGUGACGUUACUCGCUGCGAAACAUCAAGCGUCACAUCAAACCAACGUUACCACCACAGGCAGCACUACUUCCAUCGCCUCUGGCCAAAACGCAACGCAGUAUGAUAUUUCGUCCUCAGUUCCUAUUCGGACAAACGUGCCCACUCGUGCCCAAACAACCCUGCGGUCCAAUGUAACCAGUGCCUCCGUGCCUUCUCGUCCAGCUUUUACAUCCGGAGGACCGGAUGAUCGAACCAACCAGUCCCGACACGCCACCGCCAUUCCAACUGCUGCGGCACCCACAAGUGUGAACACUACAUCCACCCACGAUGUAACCCAAAUCAGGCAUCCGGAUACGACCGGCCCACAUCUUCCUCAGCGUUUGACGCUUGAAGAACCAAUGGAGGAGGAUUUGUCAGAAGCGACACCCGUCGCUCGAGGUCCACACGAGGCCGACGAUUUGAGACACUUAGCCGAUCUGGCUAGGGAUCCUGAUGGCAGCAGUCUUUACGGUGAGUGGAUGGAACAGGACACUAUGGAGCCGGCAGAAGAUGCUACCCCAGUGACCACUAACCAUCGUGCACCAUCUACCAAUGAACUACAGCGACGUCAAAUCGCCCGAGGCAACACAGUCGUACCGAACGGUCUACCAGCGAACACCGGGGCAGCCAGCUCUGGCGCAGUUAGGAAGUCGAACUGUGUGAAAGAAAUUGAACUGAUCAAACAGCGACGCGAAGAGCGUCGUGCAGCCCAACGUGCGGUCCGUGAUCAGAUCGAUUUGGACCCGACAAAUCCGAGCUACGAAUUUCACAUGAUGAUUAAUGAAUAUCGAAGCACUCUGGAUUAUCGACCGAUCACCAACACUGAUCCAACUGAAGAUCAUCAGAUUUGUGUCUGUGUUCGCAAACGACCGAUGAACAAGAAAGAAUUGGGACGUCGUGAAAUCGAUGUUAUCACUGUGCCGGACAAAGAACAUGUGAUUGUCCACGAACCGAAAACCAAAGUCGAUCUGACCAAGUACCUUGAGAACCAACAAUUCCGAUUCGAUUACGCUUUUGACGACACAUCGGAUAACGAAUUGGUGAGUGUGGCUAUCCUGGCCAACUCAUUGAUGGCUCCUUUGUACGCGUGUAGAAAUGUCUAUCGGUACACGGCCAAACCGUUGGUUGAGUGCAUUUUCGAUCGUGGUAUGGCCACAUGUUUUGCCUAUGGUCAAACCGGAUCUGGAAAAACGCACACAAUGGGCGGCGAGUUCCACGCACGUGGGCAGCAAAACUGUACGAAUGGAAUUUACGCACUAGCAGGUACGCAUAUCCGUUCAAUUGUUUCCCUUCCAUCAUUUUUACCGUAUUCCUUUUUGCUAUGA